UCAUACUGAUUUAAUGAUAGAAAUAUUUUAUUUCUAUAAACUCUUAUAGUGUUUCAAUAACAAUACUUGUAAGAAAAAACUUCUCAAAAACUCCUGUAUCCGACAACAGAAACAAUCCGAGCAGGUUUCGGGAGCAUUACAAGAUUUAAAAACCAAUGCUUCCUUAAAUGGCGCUAUCACAUAGCGCUACAGGAGAACUUAAACAAUUUGUGGUCGAUGAAGGCCAUGGAGUGAAAGGUGUAUCAGAGCUAAAGCUCAAAACUUUACCUGAAUUGUUCAUUCAACCUGUUGAGAGACGGCUGGAUGUGAGCAAAGUGUUGCCAAAUGAGUUGAUCCCCGUCAUCGACUUGUCAAAUUAUGAAGAUCCAGAAGUAAUGAAAUCAAUAUGUUAUGCUGCUGAGAAGUGGGGAUUCUUUCAAAUUGUUAACCAUGGUUUGCCUCAAGAUAUAAUUGACGGUAUCAAAGAUGCAACACAUAAGUUUUUCGAGUUGUCAACUGAAGAAAAAAAGAAAUACUUGUCCCGAAAUACUCCUUCCAAAAAUGUAAGAUUCCUUACGAGUUUCAAUCCCGAUGUGGACAAAGCUUAUGAGUGGAAAGAUCACCUAAGUUGUUUCUAUGUUUCUGAUGAAGAAGCCUUGCAAUAUUGGCCCACUAUUUGCAAGCAUGAAGUUCUUGAAUACCUAAAAUCGUGUGAAUCUGUUAUCAAGAAACUAUUAGAAGUGCUAAUUAAGGGAUUGGGCAUACCAAAGCUUAACGAAACAAACGAACCAUUUCUUAUGGGUUCAAAACGAAUAAACCUAAACUACUAUCCCGUAUGUCCCAACCCUGAGCUCUCAAUUGGUGCAAGUGGUCAUUCAGAUGUUUCAACGUUAACAGUGCUUCUUCAAGACCACAUCGGGGGACUUUAUGUUAAAAAGCUUGAUAGUGAUAAGUGGGUCCAUGUCGCUCCUGUUAAGGAUUCGUUGACCAUCAACAUUGGUGAUGCUCUUCAAAUCAUGAGCAAUGGUCGAUAUAAGAGUGUAGAGCAUAAAGUGGUUGCUAACGGGCAUGAUAACCGGAUUUCAGUGCCGAUCUUUGUGAACCCUAGGCCGAGUGAUGUCAUUGGCCCAUUGCCGGAAGUGAUCAACAGUGUAGAAAACACUUUAUACAAGCAUUUUGUAUACUCGGAUUAUGUGAAGCAUUUUUUUAGGAAAUCAACAAACGGGAAGGAUACUAUUGAUUUUGCUAAGAAGUAAGAUCUUAUUCUUAAUGUAUUCGUAAUAGUAUUUGUUUAGGAGUAUAUCAUAAAGAUCAUAAAGACUUUUGCUAAGAUAUAAUUCUACUUUAUGUAUCCCUGGUAGUAUUUGUUUAGGAAAUCAACAAUGUUUGCAUGGAUCUUUAUGCAUGAACACUAAGGAUGGCCAUGAUUACAAAUUUUCUAUUAUUUAAUAUAUAUAUAUAUAUAUAUAUAUAUAUAUAUAUAUAUAUA